AUGAGCCCGUUCUAUGAAGACAAGAUCAUGCCUAGCAUGUUUACUGUGCGCGACCCAAACCGGCACCAGGCUCUUCGUCGACCAGUAGCACAGAAGUUUUCCAUGUCCUCGAUCAAAGCCCUAGAAGUAUUCGCAGAUGAAUGCACCAAAAUAUUCAUCGAUUCUAUGAAAGAUCUUGAAGGUGAACCCGUUGAUUUGGGUGUUUGGCUCCAGUGGUAUGCCUUUGAUGUGAUUGGGGCAAUCACUUUCCAGCGCCGGUUUGGAUUCAUGGAGACCCGCCAGGAUUUCAAGGGCAUGAUUGCCGAUAUCGAGGCUGUCCUUCGCUAUGCAGGUACUAUUGGUCAAGUGCCUGCCUUCCACCCAUGGCUCAUGGGUAAUCUUUUGUUAUCAAAGUUCUUAGCUGCACAGCCGUUUGUGAAAGUCCCAGAUCCUUUGAGGACUAUUGUUCAGUUUACUCAGCAAUGCAUUGAUGAUUAUGACAGCGAGCCUGUUGAAAAAUACGGCAAUCGGCCGGAUUUCCUUGCAUGGCUUCAAAACGAGGAGAAAAAGGGCAAGCCAAUGCUGAAUCGAGAUAUUAUUAAUCAUCUCAGUAACAAUUUACUUGCUGGGAGUGAUACUACUGCUGUCUCCCUCCGAGCGGUUGUCUACUACGUUGUGCAGAAUCCGACGGUCUAUCAUAAGCUUCAAAACGAGGUUGAUGAAGCUGACCAGGCCGGAAAACUCUCAGAAUAUGUCACUUAUGCCGAAUGUCUUGAAUUGAGAUACCUGUGA